AUGUCUGAUGUAAUUUAUGAAAGGUUAGUGUGUGAAGAUAAUCAUUUUUUUUUAUGUUGUUUCAGGAUGACUUCACCGGCCAUCACUAAGUCACCGGAGAACCAAAAGAAUGAGAAGAAAUCGCCGGUCCAUUCCACAGGGUCCCCAGAACGGGUACCUUCCAACACUGAUGCAGCUGUAGCAUCUACCUCGGGUUCAAAUCAACAACAGCCAGAGACCUUCAGUUGGCUACGAAUUUUUAAACUAGCUGAUCUCAUGAUGAAACAGGGUUGUUAA